AACACCCGGAAAGACGCUCUCAGCUUGAAACCGGCUGUGAAGGUGUUUAAGUCCAAAGCUUAAAGAUAUUUCCCCACUCUUGAGUUGGUUAUUGAUGUCGGUGGUUCAGCAGUGGAGUCCUCCGACAUGUGGCAGGCUUUGAAGGGCGUCAGACACCUUCACUCCAGUGUGAUGAAACAAACGGUUUCAGAGCUCUCUAUACCGGUCCCAUGGGGACACAUCAGAGGCAAAGUCUGGGGUCCUGAACACGGUCGACCUGUGCUGUGCCUACAUGGCUGGGCUGACAACUGUGGCACAUUCGACACCCUCAUUCCCCUUCUACCCAAAGAGUGCAGGUACGUGGCCUUGGAUCUGUCGGGGCACGGCUUGUCGUCACAUCGCCACCCCGGAGUCUUCUACUCGUUUCCUGCGUACGUGAUGGACGUCCGCCGAGUCGUUGACGCUCUGCAGUUGAAGCACUUCUCUCUCAUAGGCCACAGUAUGGGCGGUAACAUUGCUGGAAUGUUCAGUGCUCUGCAUCCUGAGAUGGUGGAUGCUGUCGUACUGCUGGACUCUUAUGGAUUCUUACCUACAGAUCUGAAAGAAAUAUGUACGGUGAUGAGACAGGGGAUGGAUCAGAUGUGCGAGUUUGAAAAGCAGACGGCGGAGAAGAAGAGAAGAGUUUACACUUAUGAGAACGCAGUAGCGAGGAUGUUGGUUGCAAACCCGACUCUGUCUGAGCGGUCUGUGCGCAUCAUUUUAGAGCGAGGUCUAGUCCAAGUGGAAGGAGGCAUGGCGUUUACCCGAGACUUUCGUAUUAAUCUGAAAAAUAUUGUGCGCAUCACCGGGGAGCAAAGUCUGGAGUUGCAGUCCAGGAUAAAAGCCCCUCUUCUAAUGGUUCUAGCAAAGGGUGGCUUGCGGGAAAUGUACCCAGGACUGGACGAGGAAUCCAUGUCAGUACUUGUCCAGAACUACAAGGACAGAAAGCACACGGUGGUGACGGUACCGGGCGAUCAUCACGUCCACCUGGAACAGCCGGAAGUCGUUGCUCCGCUUGUGUCCGACUUCCUGCAGACCAGAGUGUUGACACAGACCUCAAAGAUGUAGCAAACACAGAAACGUCACGCCACACUGCCGAUUCCAACAACUGUUUAGUGUUUGUGUUCAUACUGUGCUAUUAACAGACACCUUUGUGCUUUAAACCUGGAAUCCUAAAUUAUUGAAUGUAUUUUAAUAAAUAUGUAUGGAGUGCUGACUGUUGAAAACAUGCUUUACUGAUGGCAUGGUACAGUAUGAGAUAUGACCUUCUUAACAGUGCGCCGCCUGUUGAGCACUGUUGGACUCACGGUGGACAGUUUAAUUUGAAAAAAAGGAUCAAAAUUGAUGCAGCAGAACCAGAGUUAUCGUCUUUUACAUUUCGUGCGUUCUUCUUCCUUGUCAAAACUGGGUGCCUACAUUACCCAUAAUGCAACUCAACCACGGAUUUGCCAGUCGGACGAAUAGUAGAAAUGACACUGGAGGGAUUUAGUCGGUUGGAGGUGUCGCGUUAUAAACUAAACUGUCGGACGGGUACAGUUUAAAGGGGCGGUGUUUAGGAUUUGGCCUCAUCUAGAGGUGAGGCUGCACGUUUCAACCAACUGAAGCGUAAAUGUCUCAAUCUAGAGGUAGCUUUGUCCGUUCGGAUUACUGACAAUAGAUGAGGUCCUGGGACAGGGAUGUCGCAUGUGUACAGAUUGUAACGCCCUCUGAGGCAAAUUUGUGAUAUUGGGCUAUACAAAUUAAACUGAAUUGAAUUGAA